UGGAGAUUUGAAGAAUCUUAUUUUCUUAAAUUUGAAAAACUGCAAAACACUUAAGAGUCUUCCAAGUAGCACAAGUCAUUUGAAAUCGCUUGAAAUAUUUAUUCUUUCGGGUUGCUCGAAAUUUGAAGAAUUUCCUAAGAACUUUAGGAGCUUAGAAAUGUUGAAGGAACUUUAUGUAGAUGAAAUUGCUAUAAGAGUACCUCCCUCCUCUUUUUCUUUCUUAAGAAACCUUCAAAUAUUAUCCUUUAAGGGAUGUAAAGGACCAUCAUCUACCCUAUGGUUGUUGCCAAGAAGAAGUUCAAAUUCCAUUGGUUCCAUAUUGCAACCUUUGUCAGGUUUACGCUCUUUAAUAAGACUAAACCUAAGUAACUGCAAUUUAUCGGAUGAACCAAACCUUAGCAGUCUUGGCUUCUUAUCAUCGUUGGAAGAGUCAUAUUUAGGUGGGAACGACUUUGUUACUUUGCCUUCAACCAUCGGUCAACUUUCUAAGCUGAAGUCGUUGGGGUUGGAAAAUUGUAAAAGACUACAAGUACUUCCAGAGCUUCCAUCAAGCAUAUAUUAUAUAUGUGCAGAAAAUUGCACAUCAUUGAAAGAUGUCUCAUAUCAAGCAUUUAAGUCACUACUUCCAACUGGCCAGCAGCAAAAGCGCAAGUUCAUGGUUCGCGUUGUGAAACCGGAUACAGCCUUGGCGGUUUUGGAAGCAUCUAAUCCUGGGAUUAGAAUACCACAUAGGGCAAGUUGUCAGAGGAUCGAUCCCGUUGUGAAACUGGGUAUAGCCAUAGUGGCUUUAAAAGCAUUUAUUCCUGGGAGUAGAAUACCAGAUUGGAUAAGGUAUCAGAGCUCAGGGAGUGAAGUAAAAGCAGAGCUACCUCCAAAUUGGUUUAAUUCCAACUUCCUGGGUUUUGCUUUUAGUUUUGUCACUUGCGGCCAUUUCUCUUGCCUCUUCACGUUGAAAGCGGAUGUCUUGUUUGAUUGGACAUCCAGGGACGAUUCUUCCUCCGUUGAUAUCAUUAUUCUCGAAAUGAUUUCCUUUAAGAGAAGGUUGGAGUCGGAUCACGUGUGCCUGUGUUAUGUACCACUUCCCCAGUUGAGGAAUUUCUCUCAAGUGACUCACAUCAAGGUAUCAUUUAUGGCAGUCUCCAGGGAGGGUGAGAUUGAAAUUAAGAGGUGUGGGGUUGGUAUAGUGUACAGUAAUGAAGAUGGGAAUCACAACAAUCCCCCAAUGAUCCGAUUCAACUCUAUCUCCUCUCCUCCUCCUCCUCCUCGUAGUAAGUCAACCGUUGUCCUUGAAGAAAUCCAUGAGGAGGAACCUAGUGGAAAUGGGUGCUCUAAUGUUGAUGGCUCAGAAGAAGUGAGGAGGAGGAACCUAGAACUGCUACUGUCUGUUCUGAGGAUCGCUCUGAAUCAGAUAUUCGGCCACAGAAAUGCUUGAAAUGCAGGCAUUAAUGAGGACAUCCCGUGAUCAGGAGAAACAGACCAGAUAAAUGCUUAAUAUGCACCCAAACCUUCCAUAACAUCUCUUGCAUAAUUGCCUACUUGUUCAUGCCUCUCUAUUGCUCGGUUUGAAGUGAUGGGCAGCAACAAACAGCCACUGGUGCAAGAAGCUAACUGACGUCGCAUGCAAGAGCCUCAAGCAGUUGCAAACUUGUUGAAAGAGAGCUUCAGUCUGUCAGAUGGUUAGGUAGUUCAAGAGAUUCCAAUUCUGUUAGAAUACUUAAAUAUAAAUAUCUGAAACUUGUAUCACCUCCAUCUUCUUCUCGUCUGCAUCUUUUUCG